ACAGAGUGUAAAAGAUAAUGCAAUUUCAAGCAUAAGAUUGACAUUGAACAUAAAUUUUGUCAACAUGGCACAGACUCAACCUGCGCAAGCUAGACCUUGGAAUCCAAGUUCAGGUUUUAAGCACACGGACAGAGAAAGAUGGAUCUGUGUUUAUCCUGCUUACAUCAAUAGUAAAAAAUCACUCAAAGAAGGAAGACGCCUUCAAAAACAAGUAUGUGUAGAUAAUCCAACAGUUCAAGAAAUUAAAGAUGUGUUGAUACAAUCAGGAUUACAUAUAGGUAUAGAAAACAAAGUCUAUCCAAGAGAACUUGACCAUAGAGAUCCUAAGUGUCGAGGAAGAGUUAGAGUACAGUUAAAAACAGAAGAUGGACAGCCAUUCAUGGAAAAAUUUCCUGAUCGUGAUUCUGUCCUAACAUACAUUGCUGAAACAAUACCCAAGCUAAAAACCAGAAUUGCAGGGAACCAGUCAUCACAGCAACCUGCUCAAACACAACAGGCAACAAAAGGACAGAAAAAGAAAGGCAGGAAGGGAAAAUAAAACAAAGGAAGGGACAUAACUCUUGUGUGAAAGUUUAAAGAUGAUGGGAGACAACUCUGUAAUGCUUGUGAUAUAUGGAAGUUUCAUUUGUAUUGUUCACAUCAUUAAUUUGUGACUGAUUUGUACACUAUAGCUCAUGUGAAUCUUGGCAUUUCCUCCUGUCAGUUGGUAACAGUCCAUUCCAGCAUUUUCAAAGUUAACUUAAGACGUCGGAAAAAAAUAUUGAAUACUAAAUUUCAAAGGUGUUGUAUCAUGAAAGAAAAGAAAAGGCAUGUCAACUCCAAAGGCUGGCCAUAAUUCACUUUCUAGGGGUUUUGUCUACAAUGUGCUACUCCCAUCUUGGACACAAAGGGACAUUCAGAAAUGGUGUCACCUCUGUGCCACUACCAUUUGGACAGUUGGAAAUGCCAAACUCUUCUUAUGUUUACAUGUAUGUUUUUGUUAUUGGAACUUAAGAAAACCUUUCAACAGAGAUUUGAUAAAUAUUUUUUGCUAUGUUUGUUGUUUUUUUUUUUAUUGAGGACAGUUACUUGAUGAAAAACUCUAUAAUGAAGGACUAGGGAAUUAAAAAGUAAAUUAACUUUAUAAAAUAAAAAUAAACAACACAUGUAUUUAUUACAAUGGAGUAAAAUUAUGUAUUGUUUUUACAUUAAAUUUGAAAGUAAAUACAUAA